UGCCGAGUUAUUGGAGAUGCUAUAAGUACACCCGUUAUGAUCUCCAAAUCCCAAUCCCCAACAGUCCAUUGCUUGAAACCUCUCCAAACUCUAAGUAAUCAGAUCCCCCACCAUCUUUUUCAUAUUUGCAAAAGAAGGACGUUAUAAAAUGGAAGGCCACCCUCUUCUCAGAGGAACAAAGAGAGGGGAAGGAUACAAGUACAGCCAUGGGUUCUCAAGGUCACAGAUCACGUCAAUGGCUGCCAUGUGUGAAGCCCUCGUCCCCUCUCUCCCUGUGGAAGCCGUCCACGUCAGCGCCGGCAAGGGGGACCCACCAAGCAAGACCCUACAAGCCUUUUACCUGGCCUCUGCCUCUCAAGCCCCCAUCCCUGAUGAGGUUGCAGAGCUCUUGGUAAAAAGGGGAACAAAGGAGGGUAUUUUCUUGGUGAGAUUGAUCCUGUGGUUGCUCGGCACAAGGCUUGGGACCCUCCUCCUUUGUGGGUCCUCCCUCAGCCUUCGCAGAGAGUUCCCAUUCAUUAACAAGUUCUCAGAGAUGACAGUGGAUAAGAGAGAAGCGGUUCUAAAGAGAUGGAGCAGGGAGAAGUCUUUUGUAUUUUUAAGGUUGACAUUUCUCAUGGUCAAGUCCUUCUGCUUGUUUGUCUUCUACUCAAUGGUAAUUUUUAAACUCAAAAGCAGGAAUUCUUUUUUUUUUUUAAAAUGUGAUGCUGUUAUUAUUGGCUCAGGCUGUGGUGGUGGAGUUGCAGCUUCUAUCCUUUCGAGCUCAGGCUACAAGGUUAUCGUCAUAGAGAAAGGAAAUUACUUUACCUCACAAGACUAUACGUCCAUUGAAGCUUCAUCAUUGGACCAGAUGUAUGAAUCUGGGGGAUUUCUCAGUACUCUGGACUGUAACAUACUGCUCUUUGCUGGGUCAAUGGUUGGAGGAGGUUCAGCUGUCAACUGGUCAGCUUGCAUAAAGACACCCGAUAAUGUUCUCAAAGAAUGGGAAGAGGAAAAAAAGCUGAAUCUUUUUACGAAUCAAGAGUACAUAUCGGCAAUGAACAAAGUCUGUGAAAGGAUUGGAGUCACUGAAACCUGCACAGAGGAAGGACUGCAGAACCAAGUUCUUCGAAAAGGCUGUGAAAAACUCGGUCUUGAUGUUGGUUUUGUUGCGAGAAAUUGCUCGGAGUCUCAUUUCUGUGGGAGUUGCUGUUAUGGAUGUCCAACAGGAGACAAGAAAGGAACCGAUACUACUUGGUUGGUUGACGCAGUUAACUCUGGCGCAAUUAUUCUGACCGGAUGUAAAGCGGAGAGAUUCUUGUUGAAAGGGAACAAUGCUGGCAAGAGAUCCAUGAAGUGUAUUGGAGUAAUAGGAAAGAUUUUGAGCAAAAAUGUGACGAAGAAAAUACAGAUCAAAGCUAGGGUGUCCAUUUCUGCUUGUGGGGCCCUCUCGACUCCCCCUCUGAUGCUCGCCAGUGGGCUAAGGAAUCCCAACAUAGGGAAAAACCUACACCUCCACCCCUGUGCUGUAGCCUGGGGAUACUUUCCAGAAUCAGUAUCAGACCUCAAAGGCAAGAAAUUCGAGGGGGGGAUCAUCACUUCCAUCCACAAAAUGAAGGAUUCGAAUUCUGAUAAUCGAGCAAUCAUCGAAGCACCGGCCGUGGGCCCCGCCUCAUUCGCGUCAUUCGUUCCCUGGGUAUCGGGAAAAGACAUGAAAGAUAGAAUGCUGAAAUACAGUCGAACCGUGCACCUCUUUGCCCUUGUUAGAGAUCUGGGAUCAGGCACAGUGCAAGGCGAAGGGAGAGUGGUAUAUAGAACGGGUGAAUUAGACAAGGAAAAUUUGCACAGCGGGUUGAGGCGAGUGCUGAGGAUUCUGAUAGCAGCAGGGGCGACGGAGGUAGGGACCCACAGGAGCGACGGGCAGAGGAUGAGGUGCAGAGGGACCAACGACGAGGAUGUGGAGGAGUUCUUGGAUAACGUGGGGAUUACAGAAGGGCCGAAGGAGAGGGAGGAGUUAUGGACUAUGUAUGGUUCAGCACAUCAAAUGGGGAGUUGUAGGAUGGGGGUGAGCGAGGAGGAGAGUGGGGUUGACGAGAGGGGGGAGAGUUGGGAGGCUGAGGGCUUGUUUGUGUGUGAUGGGAGCGUGCUUCCUACUGCAGUUGGAGUGAAUCCUAUGAUCACCAUCCAGUCUGUUGCUUACUGCAUCUCCAAAGGGAUUGUGGAGUCUUUGGAGGGGAAAAGAGGGUAAUUAAAUAGCUUGUUUGCCUGCUCUUUGAUGAAUUCAAAUGUUGCAGUUGUGAUCACUAGCCUAUGUAAGGUUGUAAGCAUGAUAUUUGUUAUACAAUAUCUUGUUUAUUUGGUAUGUAGAUGAUCAUGACGGUCAGAGUUUGAGUGUAGUGCAUGGCUGGCGCUUUGCCAUAAACAACAUUGCAAUGUUUAUGAGAAAACACGGGACAAAUAAGAUUAACAUA